ACAACGGUGGUGCCCCCAGGGGCGGCGAACGCGGGCACCAUGAACAGCAUGCUCUUUCCCCCACCAGUGGGCAUCACUGCGACCAUGGGGCUCUCCCCCCGCUGGAUGGCGCGCAUGGCUGGGUCCUGGACGCCCCGGAACCACAUGGUGGGCCGCCCCAUCAUGCGCUGCGCGGCGGCCUCCAGAUCCAUUAUUGCCAAC